UUCUAGUAUGGCCACCAACGUAAAAACCAUGGUAGUUUAAAGAGCGCAAGGUGGCAACCUCUAUGAACAUAUGUUUGUCGAUAACACAAACUGAUAAGCAAAACACAAAAGUAUCAGCACUAAAUAACAACACAUCAGUUUUUACCGGCAAAAUUAUUGCGAUUAGUUGACAAAUUAUUUUCCAGUAGCGAAAAAUGGAGGAAUAUGAGUCUAGAUUGUGGCCCAUAUUUAUACUGACCACUUGUGUCAAACUAAUGUUAAUGCCCGCCUAUCAUUCCACAGAUUUUGAGGUGCACCGCAACUGGUUGGCAAUAACAUUUAAUUUACCGUUAAAAGAGUGGUAUUACGAUAAAACUAGCCAAUGGACUUUAGACUAUCCACCCUUCUUUGCCUACUUUGAAUGGCUGCUGGCUCAAGUGGCCAAAUUUGUUGAUCCGAAAAUGUUACAACUCACUAACCUCAAUUAUGCCUCUGAAGAGUGUAAACACUUUCAAAGAAUAUCCGUAAUGGUUAUGGAUUUAGUGUUUUGUUGGGGUGUUAAGCGUUGUAUUAAUGCCUUAGGACGCAUGGGUUUUAAGGUACAAAAAUUAUGGGCGGAAGCUAUUUUGUUAUUUAAUGUGGGUUUGUUAUUUGUUGACCACAUACAUUUCCAAUAUAAUGGUUUCCUAUUUGGUUUACUAUUGUUGAGCAUUAGUUAUAUAUUGGAAGAUCAGUUUUUAAAAGGAACGUUUAUUUUCGCCUGUUUGUUAAAUUUUAAACACAUCUUUCUAUAUACUGCUCCAGCUUUUGGCAUUUAUUUGUUGAGAUAUUAUUGUUUGGAUGCCAGUAAAAAUCCGGUUUUAUGUUUACUUAAAUUGCUGUCGGUGGGUUUAACUCCGUUUGUUUUGGCAUUUGCUCCAUUUUAUCAACAUUUACCACAAGUUAUAAGCCGUUUGUUUCCUUUUAAACGUGGUCUUACGCAUGCCUAUUGGGCUCCUAACUUUUGGGCUUUAUACAAUACAGCUGAUAAGGUAGCAUCGAAGGUUUUGAAAGUGGAUUCGUCAUCUUCUGCUUCAUUUACAUCGGGUUUGGUGCAGGAAUAUGAUCAUGUUGUCCUGCCAUCGGUUAGACCUCUGGCUACUUUUGUACUUACGUUGGUAACAAUGUUGCCCAUGCUUUGGAAAUUAUGGAGCUUUACAAUUAAAAGAGAAGCUAAGAUCAACUUCCUCAGAGCGAUUGUUAUCUGCUCGGCUUGUUCCUUUAUGUUCGGUUGGCAUGUACAUGAAAAGGCAAUUCUAAUGUGUCUGAUACCAUUAUGUCUCUUAUUCUUUGUCUCUCCCACCGAUGCUAAAUACUCUUUUAUGUUAAGUGCCGUGGGUCUGUUCUCCCUCUUCCCCUUACUUUUCCACAUAGAUUUACUUAUCAUACGUUACUCUGCCUAUCUGGCCUAUAUGGGCUACAUGUAUACUCGCUACGUUUAUGUACACAAAGAUUAUCCAGAUAUGAAUCUUCUAGAGGAUUGUUAUAUACACGGUCUUGUCAUAAUACCCAUCUAUGAACAUUUGAUCGGUUGGCUGACGGGUUUAAAUGAAAAACUUCCCUUCCUGCCUUUACUCAUGUACUCGACAUAUUGCGGUAUUGGUGUUUUAUAUUGUUUCAUACGUUAUUAUAUACAUGCAUUAGAUCAUAAGACUAUCAUCACUAGUGCUAAGACUACAAAAUCUAAAACUAAAACUAAUAAUAUAAAAAAUAUUGAGACAUCUUCUAAAACUUCUUCACAACAUGUUACGGCGUCCUCUGCCGACGAGUCUCUGUUACCGCAGAGCGCAAAAACAAAGGUGAAACCGGUGAAACAGAAGAAGUCGCAGAAGGAGAAGAAGCAUAAAUAAAUGAAACUGUUGUAUUGUAACUCCUGAAA